AUGAAGAAAGAGUAUCCAAACCCAGUACAAGCAAGCAGGGGGCAAAAUGCAUUGCAGCCAAACCACUUCCACCUGGCCGGCAAGGUGGUGUACUUUGUCUUCUGGCAGUUCUUCUUUGGAGAGCUAGUGCCUACCAUCAACUGCCCCAAAUGCGGAAAGGUGGACCGGGUGAAUCAUGACGGCUGGGUUGGAGUGACGGACAAGAUUCGGCGCGUUUGCAGCUUGGACGCGCCUGCAUUCCUAUACAGCAAGGUCUUCCGCUGCGGGAAGGGCAAGAAGAAGGGGGAGGGUUGUUCAGGCAAUGAUGGGAAGCCGUACCAGUUUCGCUCUCACGAUGAGGGGGUGCUGGAGCAGGUGCGACGUCAAGCCCCUGCAGUCCUCGAGCAGCUUGGGAUUGUGUUCACUCGUGGGGGGGCUAUCGAGCGCUGUCUGCUGGACACCAUGGUGCGGAAUGUGGCAAGCGGGGCGUCCAUUGCUGACCAGCAAAGGAUGGUCCGCGAAGCGCACAUGCGCACUUUUACGCAGCACAAGAAUACAUACAUCCAGUAUGCUGCAGCGCGCGCUAGGCGGCGUCAAGCGCAGGGUGGUUCGCUCCUGUUUCCAGGAGUUGUUCAGCAGGCUCCUCCUACCCCUGCUGAUUUCGGAGAGUACGGCGACAAGGAAGGGUACAGGGGUUGGAUACCUUCCACGUCGUGGAUAGCAGGUGUCAUUCUUGCGGACCUGACUUCGCGGCUUGCGUUUCUUGAACGCCACCUGGCUGCAGUGGAUGGGGUUUUCUGGCGGGGGGAUCAUACCUUCCAAGCGGCCUCUCGAAUCCGCUCAGCAGAUGGGCGCAAAGACUAUGCGGCCAUCUACUCGGUCAUGAACGAGUGGUCGCAGAUCGUGGGGCAGUGGGCUGUGGGAGACACCUCAUUCGACGACUAUGCUACCGGCCUGCGGGAUGUUCUCAAGCGCUACGAUGAUCGUGGCUUCCAGUUGCCCAAGUUCAUGUGGGUUGACAACUCUCGGACGGUUGCUGCCCAGUUGUACAACGCCAUCCCCAGUCUCAGCCGGGUUUUGGAAGACGCCACACACGUCAUGCGCCGCGUUUUUGAGGCCAUUCCGGAUGCCCACUCCCUCAAACCCGACUUUUGCCGGGACUACUCGAGCGCGAUGUUCAAGAUCCACCAGCCAGAUAAGUGGGCUCUGCGCAAGUUUCUCUUGGAUGGAGGUCCGGGAAGGCGAAAGUGGACACAAGCCGAAGUGGCAGCAAAGUCUGGCAGCUACUGGCGGGCGCGCUGCCGGCACACCAUCCCUCCCCCGCAGGAGCUUGUUGCCGAGGUGGAGGCGGUCAUCAAGAAAUACGAGGGAGCGAUAUGCGCCAUCAACGGUGACCCUCUCAUCACCGACGAAGUCCAGCGUGUGCAUAACCUGCAGCUCCAGCUCAUGCGAGAGGGUGCACUGAGUGAUCCACUCAAUGUGGACGAGAUGUACAUCCUGGUGAGCGCCCCCGGUUGUAUGCCCCGCUACGUCGGUGUGCGAGGCUGCUCCUCCUUAGAGGGCUACCAUCGCCACCUGAACGCGUUGCUUGGGGGGGGCAACUAUUCUCCCGAGCUGGCGGGGGCUCUCAUCGCCCUCUUCAACUAUCGCUGGAACUACGAGUGCGCCGUCCGCAGCAAGGGGGCAAAAGACUGGGGAAUGUACGACCAUUGGCUGCUGGAGGCGAUGCAGGAUACCUGCGCGGCGAUGGGGUGGCCAAACCCUUGCCCCGAGUGGCAGCGCGCUCCAUCUACUCAGGAGCGCUUUGGCGUCCAUGCAGCUCCACCGCUGGUGGGGACAGUGUUGGGGACAGGGGCAUCUCUGGGGGAUGAGCCUGAGGAUGAAGCAGGCUCCUUGGAUGAGGAGGCCGCUUUUGUUGAAAGUCUCUUGAGCGAGCAAGAACUCAAGAGCAAGCUGGCUGCAGGCUCGGUUCUCUCUUCGCCCCCUCCCCCCCAGGACGGACAACCUGCGCUCGUGCGCGAUGCGCAGCAGGGGGACCAGUCCGUGCCUCUCCCUCUCCCCCGCCAGGACGGACAGCCUGCGCUCAUGCGCGCCGCACAGCCGGGCGGGCUGCCUGCAGUCGAACGCGCCGCCCCGAAUGAAGGGGAGCUGCCUGAAGAAUCGCCUCCAGUUGCUGCCGCUGCGACUCAACCGGGGGGCCUGCCCUCUUCCUCCCCCCCGGGCCAGAGUGGACAAGCAGCAGCCGCGCGUCCCUCGCCGCCGGGGCCUUCCCUCAUUCCCCCGGGCCAGAACGGACAGCCCACAGCUGCACGCCCCUCGCCGCCCGAGCCCUUCUUCGUUCCCCCGGACCAGAACGGACAGCCUCUUGACGGCCGUGGCGCGCUGCAGCAGGGGGGCCAGCCCGCCCCUCCUUCACCCCCCCCAAUAAACGGGCAGCCUCCCAACGUCAGCGCGACGUCGCAGCGGGGGGACCAGUCUGCCCCUCCCUUUGUCCCCCCCCUGAACGGGCGGCCUCCCGACGUCAGCGCCGCGCCGCAGCCGGGGGUUCAGCCCGCCCCUCCCUUCGCCUCCCCCCAAACGGGCAGCCUCCCAACCACUACGCAGCGCCGCAGCCGGGGGCACCGCCCGCCCAUUCGUUUGCCCCCCCCUCAAACGAGCAGCCUCGGCACGGCGUACGUACCGCGCCACAGGGGGGGGGCCAGCCCGCCCCUUCUUUUGCCCCCCACCGAAAUGAGCAGCCUCUCGGCGAACAUGCCGCGUCGCAGCAGGAGGGCCAGCCUUCCGUGCAUACUUUCCGCCCAGCUGGCCCACUCUUUGGAGUUCACCCCGCCUUAUUGCAACCGGGAGAAGAGCGGGUUGCAGCUCGAGUGUUCCGCCGAGAGAAGCUUGUCCCGGUGGAUCAACGUGCACCUUUUGAGCCCUUUGGUCAAGAGCCGCACCAGGGCUCCUUACAAGACACGUCAGGAGUCAGCGGGGGUUCCGGGUGGAAUGCGCAACAACGGGCAGAGUCAGUUCAAGAGGCCCCCCAGGCCCCGGGGCUUCGCCCAGCAGGACCCCGUGGGGCCGCCUCCGGCGACCCCGACCCCCCAUUUUCGCUCAAAAAAACGCCCCGACCUGUACAAUAUUUUUUCAGCACAGGACGUAGGACUUCGUGUAGGUCUGUAUCCUCGGCCGACAGCUGUGGCCCGGGCGUCCCAUGAAGGUCCCAUGGGACGUGGAGGAGUCUGGACACCGCGUCCAGCCUCCGAGACUGUUUCUUACUCGGUGUCGAAGGAUGACCUCUGCAUGAGUUUGUUCAGUACUGAGACAGCAUUCGCCCGGCCUUCUCCGCCUCCACUGUUUGCCGCUGUCGCCAUGGCCCCCCGCUGCUCCCGCGCUGCGCUGCUGGUGCUGCUGGUGGCGGCCGUGCUGGCCCCCGCGGCCGCGGUGCUGGACACGCUGGUGUACCCGAGCGGCUCCUGCUCCGACCCCUCCACCACCUACCUGCAGGCCAACAGCAAGACUGUGCGCCGCGGUAUCCUCAACCCCACCUUCCCCGCAGUGGCGCACGUCCAGAGCGGCGACACCAUCACAGCGGAGUGCGUGGGUGUGUCAGUGACCAGCCUCUUGAGAAGGCCAAGAGGAAAAGGGGGAGGGGGAAGGGGGGCUGAGGGGGGAAGGGGAAAAAUGGGGAAGCGGGACGAUGGGAAGGGGAAGGAAUGA